AUGAACGUCCCCCGAACAACUAAUUUGAAGCAAACAUGCGCAAGAGGCCAGUUUCAUCAACACGAUGGCAACUGUCCAGGAGACCGGUAUCAAAUCCAUUGUGACGCCGGUAGAAGUAAGGUACCGUCGCGGCCCAACACCGCCGCCUCAGGACAAGCCGGAGAAUGUAAACAUCCCCAUGCCUCCUCAUUAGCUUUACUAUACGUAGCUAAGAACUCGACUCCCAUCAAGCCGAGCAUCUCUAUCCUCCAGUACGACCCCGCCCUCGAGUCCGUCAUCGGCCCAAGCCCGACGCACGCCCUCGUCCUCUCCUCCGUCGGAACUUCCGCCAAACCCUUCUUCCACCGCGGGUGCAUCUACGUCGCCUCCCGCAACGAGCUAUGGACCACCUCCGCGCCCCUCGCGGCGACUGACCCCUCGCGCCCGCCCACGAUCCUCAUGUCAAAGGUGACCGUCACUCGCAACCCCGCCGACGACACCCUCACCGCCGAGUGGGCCAAACUGCGCCCGCCGCCGACCAUGCCGAUGCCCGCGAGCGGGUGCGCCGUCGGCGACGACAGGAUGGUCUGGUGCUCCCAGGGAACCCCCGCGCCCGGGACGGGAGGCGUCUUCUUCCUGCCUGCAGGCAGGCCGCCGCAGGCUGUGGCCUCGACGUACCAUGGCCGGGACUUCAACUCGCCGCACAGUGCGGCGGUGUCGUCCCGCGAUGGCGGCAUCUGGUUCACGGACCCAUGUUGCGGUCACGAGCAGGACUUCCGGGGUCCGCCGCAGCUGCCGCCGCAGAUCUAUAGAUGCGACGCGAAGACCGGGGAAGUGAGGGCCAUGGCGGACGGGUUCGUCCGCCCGACUGGGAUUGCGAUUGACGAAGACUGUUCGACGAUUUACAUCGCGGAUGCUGGGGGCGUCCGCGUGGACGGCAGUCUGGACUUGAUUCAACCACGGAGCAUCUACGCCUUUGACAUCGUGAAGCGCAACGGCGCCGUCUUUCUGGCCAACAGACGGAUGUUCGCCCUGGCGAGGAGAGGUGCUCCCAUGCACCUCAUGUGUGAGGAUGGCAAUGUAUGGGCCGCUUGCGGCGACGGGGUUGAGAUUUGGAAUAGCGGUGGCUCACUGCUGGGUGUGAUCCAAGUGCCAGGUGAGCUUCUAAUCGUCAUCCCUUCGAGUGCUCUGUUGCCUAUCUAG